AUGUCUUUCGAAUUUCCAGGUUAUGGCCUCCAUAUGGGAAGCGCCAGCAUGAGGCCGCUUGGCCGCGCAAAUCUACGGGAUUCCGCGGUCCUAGGGGCUUCGGGCAGGGCUUUGGGCAGCACAAGGCAAGAGCUCCGCGCAGUGCAUGUUGUGCAGAACCUGUGCACCCACGACUCCCCAAUGUUUGCAGGGAACGCCGUGCUGCUGGCACUACAUGCUACCAUGAACUAUAUUGCCAACGACUUGAAGAUCAAUCUCUCACAGGCAGCUGCCAAGUUUGGGAGCAUGCAAGUAGUUUGGUACGGUCGUUCCAUCGGUUCGGGACCCGCUCUCCGUGCUGUACAUCGCAUCUCGAAGGAGUUGAAGCAGCAGCCGGGUGGGGUGGUCCUGCAGUGUGGCUUUGCCAACUUCCCGGAGGUGGCGGGCCACCUCUUCGGCCGAGUGGCAAAGCGCCUCGUGAAUCGUUUGUGGCCCAACGAGGCGAUGAUGAAGGAGAUCAGAUGCCCCGUGUUGCUCAUCCACGGGCGCAACGACACCAUGAUUCCCAUUUCGCAGAGCGAAAAGCUUUGGGAAGCUGUCAACAUGAAGGCGGGAGAUGAUCGAGUCAGAAGAGAUGUACUGGUAGCCGGGCCGGGCCUUCUAAACAGACCAGUCAUGGCCAUUCAACACCUGUGUUUGCGUCAGAAGAAACCUAAAUUUCUCUAA